CUAAAACCGCAGUUUUGAAGAAAAUCUUUGUGGAAGGCUUUCAUUUUUAUAAAGCCGAGAGCGAACGCCGCCCCUUUUUUGUUAUAAUGGUGAUGGUAAAGAUGAAGGCAUAUCGCGUUUCCCAUUUGAUGGCAAUCAGCAUCACUCUUUUCAUGUUCACAGGGGCUUUAGGAAACAGCACCGGAACGACCUCGCUCCCUUGUACCUCAGCUACUACGUUGCAAAGGGCACAAUCAGCAGUUGUUUCAGCUACGACGACGGAGAAAUCAUCACCAUCAGUUUCAGUCACUAGGUAUGCUUCCACGUCAUAUCAAAAAGCAAAACUGUCGAAUACAUCAACUAUGUCACUCAGACAGUCGACAAGUACAUGGAGUUUGGAAUCAAGUAACACACCCCAUAACCCAUCAUUACCAGUUUCGUCACUGCCGAAUAUUUCAGCCACAAUUCUGGACGAGUCAAAAAGCACGCCAGGAUUAUAUUCAUGUACUGUCGUGUAUUCUUUAGCAUGCGCAGCCUUGUCGAAUGUCUCAACUUCUACCAUGAUACAGGAACAAUCAAUCAGUACAACAACACUACAUUCAGGUAACCUUUCAGCUACCACGAAACAACUCGAACCUUCAUUGACAACAGCACCAAACAGCGCGAAUUAUUCCACAUUGUCCACUAGAUCUUCCUCUCUAUGCAGUUUGGUUUAUUACAGUUCAUGUUCACCUUUCUCUCCGUUGGAUGUUUCGAGUUUAUCACCAAGACAAUCUUCACGUUCUUCAUCGUCAGUAUCGGACACCACGACUUUUCUUACAUCAUCAAAAAUCAUAUCGACGUUGACUGUUCCAAGCAGUGUGCCUUAUUCUACAUCUUCUUCAAGCUCGAGGUCAUCGGGUAUUUCAAGUACCAUGGUGCAACAGACAACAAGUCCAUCAAGUUUGGAUUCAAGUAGUACGCCUUAUUCUACAUCUACAGCGUUGCCAACAUCGACUGUUUCAAGCUCCAUGAUGCAACAGACAAUAAGUCCAUCAAGUUCGGAUUCAAGUAGUGCUCUUUAUUCUACAUCUUCUCCAGCUUCGCCAUCAUCGACUAUUUCAAGUUCUGUACUACAAGAGACAAACAGCACAUCAAGUUUGGAUUCAAGUAGUACGCCUUAUUCUACAUCUUCUCCAACUUCGCCAUCAUCGACUAUUUCAAGUUCUGUACUACAAGAGACAUACAGCACAUCAAGUUUGGAUUCAAGUAGUACGCCUUAUUCUACAUCUUCUCCUAUUUCGCCAUCUUCGAGUAUUUCAAGUUCUGUACUACAAGAGAUAAACAGUACAUCAAGUUCUGAAUCAAGUAGUACGCCUUAUUUCUUAUCUUUUCCAACUUUAUCAGCAUCAAGUAUUUCAAGCUCCAUACUGCAACUGACAACAAGUCUAUUAACUUCUGAUUCUAGAAGUUUGCCUUCCUCCACAUCCUCUCCAACAUCGACGCUUUCGAAGAUUUCAAGUUCCAUGGUGCCAAUAACACAAAGUUCAUUAACGUCAGAUUCUCGUAGUGUGCUAUAUUUUACAUCUUCCCCUACCUCAUCAUCAGCGAGUAUUUCAAGUUUCACGCUACAGCGGACAACAAGUUCAUUGAGUUCUAACUCUAGUACUAUCUCAAGUUCUAUACUACAACAAACAACUAGUUCUGUAAGUUCAGAUUUAAGUAGUGUGCCUUACACCACAUCUUCUCUUAUUUUGCCAUCAUCGAGUUCCAUACUAGAGCAGACAACAAGUUCGUCGACUUCAAAUUCUAGUACUGUCCCAAAUUCUACAUCUGCAUCUUCGUCAUCUCUGAUUAUUUCCACUUCUGUACUGCAAGAGACAAACAGUACAUCAAGUUUGGAUUCAAGUAGUACGCCUUAUUCUACAUCUUUUCCUACUUCGCUAUCAUCGACUAUUUCAAGUUCUGUACUAGAAGAGACAAACAGUACAUCAAGUUCUGAAUCAAGUAGUACGCCUUAUUCUACAUCUUUUCCUACUUCGUCAUCAUCGACUAUUUCAAGUUCUCUACUAGAAGAGACAAACAGUACAUCAAGUUUGGAUUCAAGUAGUACGCCUUAUUCUACAUCUUUUCCUACUUCGUCAUCAUCGACUAUUUCAAGUUCUGUACUAGAAGAGACAAACAGUACAUCAAGUUCUGAAUCAAGUAGUACGCCUUAUUCUACAUCUUUUCCUACUUCGCCAUCAUCGACUAUUUCAAGUUCUGUACUAGAAGAGACAAACAGUACAUCAAGUUUGGAUUCAAGUAGUGCGACUUAUUCUACAUCUUCUCCUACUUCGCUGUCCUCGAGUAUUUCAAGUUCUGUACUAGAAGAGACAAACAGUACAUCAAGUUCUGAAUCAAGUAGUACGCCUUAUUUCUUAUCUUUUCCAACUUUAUCAGCAUCAAGUAUUUCAAGCUCCAUACUGCAACUGACAACAAGUCUAUUAACUUCUGAUUCGAGAAGUUUGCCUUCCUCCACAUCCUCUCCAACAUCGACGCUUUCGAAGAUUUCAAGUUCCAUGGUGCCAAUAACACAAAGUUCAUUAACGUCAGAUUCUAGAAGUGUACUUUAUUUUACAUCUUCCCCUACCUCGUCAUCAGCGAGUAUUUCAAGUUUCACGCCACAGCAGACAACAAGUUCAUUGAGUUCUAACUCUAGUACAAUCUCAAGUUCUACACUACAACAAACAACUAGUUCUGUAAGUUCAGAUUUAAGUAGUGUGCCUUACACCACAUCUUCUCUUAUUUUGCCAUCAUCGAGUUCCAUACUAGAGCAGACAACAAGUUUGUCGACUUCAAAUUCUAGUAUUGUCCCAUAUUCUACAUCUGCAUCUUCGUCAUCUCUGAUUAUUUCAAGUUCCUUGCUGCAACUGACAUUUAGUCCAUCAAGCUCAGAUUCAACGCAGGAAACAGUCACCUCGAUCCAAGAUUUUAAAAAAAGUCCUAUCAGGUUGACCACCAUUCGGACUCCCGUUUCAAGCCGUGUCCUUCCUACUUCAUCAUCUUUACCACAUGAGUCCAAGAGUGUGUUCUCUAUCCUAUCACCAACACCCUCAUCUACAAAGCUAACGUUGAUCACUUCAUCUACAGCCAUCAGUCCGCCAACUACUCCUGAUCCAGGAACAACAAAGCGAUUUACCGUGACGUUUGUAAUCACAAACGUGGAUUAUGAAAAAGAACAUGGAGACGAAUUUAUAUCUCUUUCAGAGAAAGUAAAAAAUUCAGUUGAUAAAGCACUUGAAGAAAAUAUCGGCAGGGAAUUUGCUUACUCCAUUGUGGAACGGUUUAGUGAAGGUGAAAAUAUUAACUGCCAGAUAACAGUCGUCGUCUCCAGAGCUUCCAACGCCACGGAAGAAAUGAUUCGAAACGCACUCGGGGAAAAACUUGGAGACUUAAAAAUAACGAAUGUUGUUAUUGUAGACACAGAGACAGAAAAACCAACUGCAGAGAAAGAGAUCGCUUAUGUAGUCACAGCAACAUUAAAAGGUGAGGUGUACAACAGUAACCUUGGAGACUCCUCCAGCAAGGAAUUCAAAACUUUAGCUUUAAAACUACGUGAACUACUAACUGGAGUAUUCGAAGAAAGAUAUAAAACUUCGUUUGUUCGAGUGGAAAUCAUAGCCUUCCGCCAAGGUAGUGUUAUAUGUGAAUUUAACGUUAUCACGAAAGAAAAUUCGAAGGUGACGAACGCUGGUGUAAAAGAAACACUAACACAAGCAAGUAACAAAGGAGAGAUAGGAGAUUACACUUUUACUGAGAUUCAAGUUGAUAAAAAGACGAGCACAAAACAGCAAACUGGGGAUGAAGAAAAAACGUUGCCCAGCUGGUUGUUCGUUGCGAUUGCGGUCUUGGGAGUAAUGGUGCUGCUUGCAAUUGUGAUUAUAUUUUUGGCUUGUAGAAAGCGAAAUAAACGAAGCCACAACCUGGCAUUUCUGGACGUAUAUGAGAACUAUGGUAUUGCGAUGGAGGAAGUUCAGGUGGGAAAGUCGAACAUGAACCAUCAAGAGGAUGACUAAAAUAAAAGAUAAGCUAUGGCCAAAAAUGAAAACGAAAUGAAAAAGAGAUAUAUCGCGUUCAAGAUGAACAACACAAUGCACAUUUUAGAGAUAUUGUACAGAUGCAGGGAAAAUGCCCGUGGAUAACAUUAUACUUGAGACCCAAGUUAUCUGCAAGUUACGGAGAACGGCAUGUCGUUUUAGUUCCUUCAAGAUUCAUCACCAUUUGGUAAUUUCUCCCUAGCAUUUGCAACGAAGGAUGGCCACAAUGGAUAUAAUGUGGAUAAAUUACAGGGAAACUGACCAAGUACAUUGAGAUUGAACGAAAAUUCCAGUUCAAUGCCGGCUUCUGUUUGACUUUGCUCAAUACAUUUACAUAGGUCACGAAGGAUAAAGAAGGACAGUGUCAUUGACUGGAAGAAAAAUCUCACCCGAAGGACUUCACAUAUCAGGGAAUACAAAAAGGUUAACUUUGCUAAAGAAACGAUAAAA